AUGGCUCAGGAUAGCGAAGUGCCCAAGGCGGCGGACAAGGGCAAGGGCAAGGCCGUCGAUGAUGCGAAGAAGGAUAAGCAGCAAGAGAAUGGAAAGAAGGAGGACGACAAGAUCGAGACCGCUGAGGAGGAGCUCAGCGAGGAGGACCAGCAACUCAAGAAUGAGCUUGACAUGAUGGUCGAGCGUUUGACGGAGUCUGACUCGUCUCUCUACAAACCCGCCCUGGAAGCGAUGAAGACCUCCAUAAAGACAUCGACAUCAUCCAUGACAGCAGUGCCGAAGCCCUUGAAGUUCCUGCGACCACACUACGAGACUCUGACAAAGCUCUACGAAGAAUGGCCCGCGACCGAUGACAGGACAUCACUGGCCGAUGUUCUCUCCGUCAUCGGUAUGACCUUUUCGGACGAGGACCGACAAGACACACUCAAGUACCGCCUCCUAGCACCCACCUCCGACAUUGGCUCGUGGGGCCACGAGUACACCAGGCACUUGGCGCUGGAGAUUGGUGAGGUGUAUGCCAAGCGCAUUGUGCACGAUGAGCCCGUCAAGGACCUGAUCGACCUCGCACAGCACUUGAUCCCCCUCUUCCUGAAGAGCAACGCCGAGGCUGAUGCCGUGGAUCUCAUGAGCGAACUUGAGAUCAUCGAGGAGAUUCCCCAUUUCGUCGACGAGAACACGUACGCCCGAGUGUGCCUCUACAUGGUCAGCAUGGUCAACCUCCUCACCUAUCCCGACAACGAGACCUUCCUCAAGACCGCCCACAACAUCUACAUGGAGUACAAGCAGUUCGCCCAGGCCAUGGUUCUUGCGAUUCGGCUCCACGAUGUCGAACUCAUCAAGGACGACUUCCAGAAGGCCAAAGACCCUGCUCUUAAGAAGCAACUCGCAUUUCUCAUUGGCCGCCAGCGAAUAGCUUUGGACUAUCCUGAGGACACAUUGGACGACCAGGAAAUCGCAGAGUGCCUCUCCAACUCCAAGUUGUCUAGUCACUUCAAGUCACUAGGUAAAGAGCUUAACAUCCUCGAGCCCAAGAGCACCGAGGAUAUCUACAAGAGCCAUCUCGAGAGCAGCCGAGUAGCGGGAAUGACCAACCUGGACUCGGCCCGACAUAACCUGGCCGCAGCGUUCGUCAACGCCUUUGUCAACGCCGGCUUCGGUAACGACAAGAUGAUGCUGAUCGACGGCGAGAAGGAGACAUGGGUGUGGAAGACCAAGGCAGACGGUAUGAUGUCUACCGUCGCAUCCAUGGGAACUCUCUUGAUGUGGGACACUGAGAACGGUCUCGACAAGAUUGACAAGUACACUUAUUCUAGCGAGAAGGAGAUUUCGGCUGGUGCCAUGCUUGCCAUUGGUAUCAUCAACUCGGGAGUCCAGAUGGAGGCUGAGCCUGCCCUGGCCAUCCUGGGUGACAAUGACAAGCUAAACAACCCCGAUCCCCUCAUCCGAACAGCUUGUAUUAUGGGUCUUGGUCUCGCAUACGCCGGCUCCAACAAGGAAGUGGUCCUCGAGCUCCUUCUGCCCAUUAUCUCGGAUUCGAGCCAAGACAUGCAGAUUUCGGCCAUGGCUGCUCUUAGCUGUGGUCUCAUCUUCACCGGAUCUUCGCACCCUGAAAUCAGCGAGGCCAUCGUUACAACAUUGAUGGAUGACGACCGAAAGAGCCAACUGACGGACAAGUGGACCCGAUUCUUGGCUCUUGGCCUGGGCCUCCUCUUCUUUGGCCGACAAGAAGAGGUUGAUGUCAUCCUUGAGACCCUCAAGGCUAUCGAGCACCCCAUGGCAGAGGCCACAGCCGUCAUGGCCGAGAUCUGCGCCUGGGCAGGCACAGGUGCCGUCCUCAAGAUCCAAGAGCUUCUCCACAUUUGCAAUGAGCACAAGGAGGAGUCUGAUGAGAAGAAGGGAGACGAGCUCCUGCAGGCCUACGCUGUCCUCGGAAUUGCCCUGGUGGCCAUGGGCGAGGACAUCGGUCAGGAGAUGGUGUUGCGACAGUUUGGCCACCUCAUGCACUACGGCGAGCCCAACAUCCGAAAAGCCGUGCCCUUGGCCAUGGGCCUGAUCAGCCCAAGCAACCCCCAGAUGAAGCUGCUACGACAGCUUGCCAGCUAUUACCACCGCGACCAAGACGCCUUGUUCAUGGUUCGUAUCGCACAGGGUCUCCUUCACAUGGGCAAGGGAACUCUGUCAAUCAGCCCCUUCCACACAGACCGCCAGGUCUUGUCCCGUGUCGCGGCCGCCGGUCUCCUGGCCACUACCGUUGCUAUGAUCGAGCCCAAGGACUUCAUCACCUCUCAAUCCCACUACCUCCUGUACUUCCUCGUCACCGCCAUGCACCCCCGUUUCCUCGUCACCCUGGAUGAGAACCUCGAGCCCCUCAAGGUCAACGUUCGCGUUGGUCAGGCCGUCGAUGUUGUCGGCCAGGCUGGACGACCCAAGACCAUCACUGGUUGGCAAACUCAGAGCACCCCCGUGGUGCUUGGACAUGGCGAGCGUGCCGAGCUUGAGGACGAGGAGUACAUCAGCCUUAACAGCACCCUCGAGGGCUUGGUGAUUCUGCGGAAGGUUUGUUUCCCACCCUGA